AUGCCCAGGUGUCCGCACGUCUCCAAGCCCGCCGACCCCACGCAGUUCUGGGCCGAUGGCCAGCUGCACUUCCGUGCGCGCGAUGUGGGCUGGAUCGUCAGCGGUGUGCUGGCGCUCAUUGCGUGCACGGCGAGCUUCUGGCUGAUCAUCAAGCAUCUGCGGUACUACACGUGUCCGCAACAGCAGCGACACAUCGUGCGCAUGCUCUUCAUGGUGCCCGUGUACGCACUCGUCUCGUUUCUCUCGUACUACUUCUACCCGCAGGCCAUCGUCUUCCAGCUCGUGCGCGACUGCUACGAAGCAGUCGUCAUCACCUCGUUCGUCUGGCUGCUGCUGCAGUACGUCGGCGACUCUCCGGCAGAGCAGAAUGAGGUGUUCAGCCAGGUCAAGCUCAAGAAGUGGGUGUGGCCGCUCGGAUGGUGGCGCUAUCGCCCGACCGGCCUGCACUUUCUUUGGAUCAUGAAGAUCUGCAUCUUGCAGUACGCCAUCGUCAGGCCCGUGUGCACCAUCGCCGCGGUGGGACUGCAGUACAUGGGCCUGUACUGCCUCGCCUCUUGGUCGCCGGCGUUCGGCCAUCUCUGGAUCGCGCUGGCGAUCACCAUCAGCGUCACUGUGGCGCUCUAUGCGUUGCUGCAGCUGUACAUGCCGAUUCAGAAGGAGCUCAAGCCCUACUCGCCCAUCCUCAAGUUUCUCGCCGUCAAGGCGGCCAUCUUCAUCAUCUUCUGGCAGAGCCUCUUCCUCUCUAUUCUCUUCUACUUCGACGUGCUCAAGGAGACCGAGUACUUCUCAGCCGAGGACGUGCAGGUCGGCAUCGAGGCGCUGCUGCUCACUGCCGAGAUGUGUGUCUUUGCGUUCUUGCACAUCAAGGCCUUCACGUACCUUGUCUACCGCCCUGCCGAUCGGCAGCGCACGACCAAGAUCGGCGCAGCACUGCUCGACGUGAUGGACUUCCGCGACUGGUGGCGCGGCAUGCGCGACUCUUCGCGCUACAUCGUUGCGCGCUCGCGCGGCCGCGAUUUCACAGAAGUAGACGACAUUCGAAGGCAGAAGUACGUGCAUCUGCACAAGGCACUCGGCCGCGAACGU